UCUUAAACUUACACACUCCAACUUGCAGGGCAGACGAUAUCUAUUUCGAGUCUCAAGUUAUACCCUUCAAAGGAGUGAAGCACUUAAGCGGCCUCUCGAUCUAUUCUUAUCCCAUAUCAGACAACUAUACGAAUCUCUGCUGCCGUCUUCAUCCUUCGCAACUUCCGCCAUCAAGCCAUCACCUCUGGGCAUGCCUUCUUACGCGAUUCACCACAUCUCGUUGUUGCGCAAGUGAUUCUCUCUUGAAUGUCAUGGCACAACACAAUGUGAGUGGAUAUGGAAAUUUAACGUACCUUGAUUACCGUUCACCUUUUUCACACGAUCCUUUUAAAUAUUUGUACUUUUACUCUCGUGCCUCUCACUUUCACUCACUCACUCACCUCACAAAGCUGUGAGGUCGCGAUCGCGAUUGGACCCAUUCUCUAACCCGUCACUCAGGAUUCCAACACCUCUGACCCUGGUGCUCAAUCUGUGUCCGACCCGAUGACCACUCAAUCGAGUUUGGACAGCGCAGCCAAGGAAGCUGGGGCAGAUUCAGCCUUUCCAUACGGCACACGUUCCCGUAACAGAACUGGCACAUCGCGUAUUAACUACGCCGAGGACAGGGACAUUGAUGGCGAUGUUUAUGACUACUAUCACGACAAAAAGGACAGUGAUUCCAAAAAGACUUCACGUCAGUCCAGCGCUGCUGUGAAUGGCGAUGCGCCUCGUGGGGGUGCAAGCUCGCGCAAGGCUGGCACAGACGAGCCAAAGGCAGCGCAGGUAGCGAACGCUCCCAAGGAGCAACAGUCGGGCAGUUCAAAUAAUGUGCCCACGACAACGCAGCAGCCGGCUGCUUCACAGCCCGCACGGAAGCGCAAGGUCGUGGGCAACCCAGCCGGUUCCACUAACCCAGCGUCAUCCGUCAAUAAUUCAACCAAAAAAACAGCAGCAUCCGGAACACCUUCGCGUAUCCCAUGGCCAGAAACCAACAUGCUGACUUUUGACAACUGCAAGAGCCGCCCUGUCAAUGGUAAAAUGGUGGCCGAUGAUGGUACAGCGCUGGAGUCAAAUGAUCAUGUGUACCUUGUCUGUGAGCCACCUGGAGAACCCUAUUACCUGGGCCGCAUCAUGGAAUUCCUUCAUGUGCAGAAUGACAGCAGCAAACCCGUGGAAGCUGUUCGCAUCAACUGGUACUACCGACCCAAGGAUAUUGGCCGAAAGUCCACAGACACACGAAUGGUUUUUGCGACGAUGCACUCCGACAUCAGCCCGUUGACGGCGCUACGCGGAAAAUGUCAGAUUCACCACAAAGCUGAGAUUAAGAAUAUGGAAUUAUACCGAAAGGACCCUGACAGCUUUUGGUACGAUAAACUGUACGAUCGCUAUAUCCAAAAGAACUACGACUUGAUUCCGACGCGUUCUAUUGUCAACGUUCCAGCCAAUGUAAAAAAGGUUCUCGACGAGCGCUGGAAAUACGUGCUAGUCGAGCAGGGGCGUGGCAAGGAGCUCACUAGCGCCGUUAAGCUCUGCAAGAGAUGCGCCGGCUAUUGCGCAAGCAACGACUCGGUUGACUGUGCAGUAUGUCAGAACACAUACCAUAUGAAUUGUGUGAACCCGCCUCUAUUGAAAAAGCCAUCCAGAGGUUUUGCCUGGUCAUGUGCAGCAUGCAGUCGAGCCCAGGAAAGGAAGCUGGAGGCUCGUAAUACACCUAAUGUUAACGAUCCAAGCUUCGAUGCCGAAGACGACGAUCCUAUGGAUGAAGAGGACGAGGAGAUGCAGGGGCUUGAGACUAAUAGAACCAGUCCCGAAGAAGGAGACCAUCCUCACCAUGAGGGCACUGCCGAGCAAAUCUACCAGGCCUCUCUUUGGCCGUACCGGUACCUGGGAAUGCAUUGCAAGCCCGAGGACGCACUCGACUACGACGACAGAAUUUAUCCCCGCGCGAGUACGAGAAUUGGACCCAGAAAUCAAGCAAAUGUUUUACCGUGGCCUGGAAAACCGGUCGAGUACGUCAAGCCACUUGAGAUCAAGAAAAACGGCAAGAAAGACACCAAGUCCAAGGAAGCAUUGGCUGCUAUUGAAGCCGAUAAAGUCUCACGUGGGAAGCGUCCGAAGUGGGUUCAAGACAUGCCUCCCGGCUACACAGCUCGGGGCGAAGAUUUUGACGACGACGACCCUAGGUGUACUGCAACUCGCAUGUGGAUACCUCCCCCAGAGAAAGUGAUCAAAGAGAAGGACAUGAAUGAGUACAUGGAAAAGGCCAAGGGGAUGACAAAAGAUCUCGGACUGCCAGAACGUUCGACCAAUCUGCAAGACGUGGCUGCCAAUAAAUUGUUUCGUGCAGAAUUCGACACGGAACAUGCUCUCAAGGAUCUUUCCGAGACCAAGAAGGAGGCAUUCAAAGAACCAGAAUUGACACCAGCAGAGCAAAAGAAGUUUGAGGAAGCCGUGAUAAAAUACGGUUCUGAACUUUAUCUUGUGAGAAAGCACGUUAAAACUAUGCACUAUGGCAUGGUGACUCGUUACUACUACGCCUGGAAGAAGUCAGCACGCGGGAAGCAGGUCUUGGAAAACCAGGCCGGUCGAAAGGGAAAGAAGGAGGCCAAGAGAGCAGAAGCUGCUGCCAGUAAGCUGGCAGAUGAUGUUGCGGACAACGAUGAUGAUUCUGCAUUUGAUACCGAGAAAGCAAAUCAGAAAAAGCAAGGAUUUGUGUGUCAAUUUUGCUCCACGACUUCCUCGCGACAAUGGAGGCGCGCUCCGAACCCCGUCCCCGGGGUCGUCAACGAUGGGGGCUCGAAGAACUCGAAUAAGGAAAAGGGCCAAGAGCGUGUGGUAGCUUUAUGCCGUCGCUGCGCUGAGCUAUGGCGCAGAUAUGCCAUUCGAUAUGAAGAUAUGGAUGAGGUUAACAAGAAGAUUACCCAGGGUGGCCGAGCCUGGAAACGGAAGCAAGACGAGGAACUCCUUAAGGAGUUGCAAGCCGCGAAGGAAAUGGGCAUGAUGACACCGGAACGGGCACCAACCCCUUCAGCGGCCCCAGCCGUUGCCACCGUACAAGAACCGCCACGGAAGAAGCUUAAAGGUGCAGCUUCUGACAAAGAUGUGGAUAAUGGUCACUCGGAUGCUGCUAGUGCAGCCGGCUCUACCACUUCCAAGAAGAAGGACAAGAGUGUGGAAAACCUUACAGUCCCCGAUAUCCCCAAACCUCUUGUGCUGCCUUGUGCAGUCUGUGGCCAGCUGGAACCUCAAGGAGACCAGCACUUGUCGUGCCGCGAAUGCCGCCUGACGGUACACCGCAAUUGCUAUGGUAUCAUGGAUAAUCGAAACCCCGGGAAAUGGACUUGUGAUAUGUGUGCAAACGAUAAAAACCCACAAGUCUCGAUCCAUUACAAGUGUGUUCUUUGUCCCGUUGAAUACACAGAACAUGAUUUCGUGGAACAGCCGAAAAUAACACAUCACAAAAAGAAGAUGUCGGAGAAGGAUCGUGAGCGAGAACGCCUGGAGGUUCAGCAAGCUCGGAAAGCUGCGGACUUUUACCGCAAGAAGCAGGAAGAGAUGAAUCGCCCCGUCAACCCCCGGGAACCACUCAAGAGGACCGCGGACAACAAUUGGGUCCAUGUUACCUGCGCUAUUUGGACCCCAGAAGUCAAGUUUGGUAACGCCAAAGCACUAGAACCUUCGGAAGGUAUUCCUUCGAUUCCCAGGAGCAGAUACGAUGAGACUUGUCAAGUGUGCAACAAACAGGAUGGAGCCUGUGUGUCGUGCCAUCAGUGUCGCAUUCCAUGUGAGUCCCGAUGAGAGAAAAGAAAAAGAUUGGCCACGCUAACUAGAAUAAAGUCCAUGCGGAAUGCGCUCGGCAACAUGGACAUGUUCUCGGAUUUGAAAUGACAUCUGUGAAGAGUUCGCGAAGAGACCAGUUUAGCAUCGUGGCAAUCAAUGGGGAGAGUGGCAUCAUGUCGGCAACUGUGUGGUGUAAGGAUCACGCCCCCACGAAGACGACGAUUCAUCAGAUGCAAGAUAUUGCGGAUGAAUCGGGGCUUAAUGCUUUACAGCUCUAUGUACAGAACUACAAGCAGGCCGACCUGGCACUGACAGGUACGGUUCGCAAGGCCAAUCUCAUGACAAACGCCGCCAAGUUGUCAGGUACAACGACUCAGCCUGGCCUACGCAGGUCCUCGACAACAAAUACUCCCAAUGGCGGAUGGGGCCAGCAGCGAAAUGGGGACACGGGAGAUGUGGCAUCGGACUCAAAACAACCAGGAGAAAAGGUCUGCAUCACCUGUGGUAUUGACACCAGCCCGAAGUGGUGGCCGAUCGAUAAUUCGCAGGAACGCGAACUCACCAACGGGCAUUACGGCACACUCGGGAGCGAGGCACAGAAAUUCGUAGAACAGAGACGAUUCCAAUGCCACAAAUGUCGCAAGGCCCAGCGUACGGCAAAGCCGCACCCGCGGCGGUCCCCUCUCAUGGCAGACGCUCCAUUACCUUCGGCUCACGGCGCAGGCAUACCAGGCACGACAACACAUCCUUUGCGCAGUCCGCCACAGAUGAUGCCUGCCCAUCGUGAAUCCAAUCCUUCUGCUGCUUAUGCUUGGCCUCCACCAGUUCAUGCCCCGACAGUUCCUCCGCCACCAAUGCAAGCACCUGCACUCGUCGCAGAUCAUGCCCUGGGCGCCCGGCCUCCUCCCCCUGCUCCAUACGCGCCCCUCCCACCUCAACGACCAUCAUACAGUGACUGGGGACGACCUGCGAGCCAGCAAGGUUCGCCUCCUCGACACAUCAAUGGGGGACCCCCAAUUCACAAUCCACCGCCGAUGUCCACGCUGUCUUCGUUGCGACCACCUCCAGUUGUAGGACCAGGGCCUCCAGUUGGAUCUUCACCACCUGCACCACCGCCGGCAAAUCAUCAUGGUGGCCCCCCGUCGCAGCCUUAUACCAACGGACUCCCUCCAUCACCUCGACGACUGAAUGGACCAGCGCCGCCACCUCGUUAUACUCAUCCGUAUCAAACCCACGGACACAACGCUCCUCCGCCCCCUCCUCCUGCGUCUCACUUACCACCACCAACCCUGACGAAUGGGGCACCACCACCUCCGCCGCGGCACGAUGGAUUCUCUCAUGAACUUCACCAGCAGAGGCCGACUUAUCCUGCUCCUCAUGGAAGCCCACCGGGCCCUCGAAAUGGACCACAGCCUCCCUCAAGUCGCCCGGCGAGUGGAGCAAGUGCCAGCCCCUCACUACGAAAUCUCCUUUCUUGAUUAGAAGAAUACAGGAGAGUAACUGCCCGUUGGGAAUGGACCACGUUUGAGCGCACAGGGGGGGCACUAAUGAAAGUGUAAGAGGGCGAGCAACGGAGCUUUUGCUCGUCUAGAUGAGUUGGAUGGGGAUGAAAUUCUUCCAUCUAUAUAGUAUAUAUACAAAAGGGACAAGAGGAUUGUGAGCUUUUGGAGUUGAUUUUGGGUGGGAUGGACUGAUUGACUCAUCGAAGGCUUUGUUGCAACCCACCAUCUGGAACGGGAUUCGCGAUUGGGUAUGUAUGUAUGUAUGUAUGUAUGUAUGUAUGGAUGGGAAGUUAGCGGGAUACAAGCGAAAGCUGUCUUGUUCGAGUACUUUAGGUAUUGUUGCAAAAUCACACUAGAAGCAUCCGGCGAACUUCGGCGUUUAGUUUAUUAUAGACGAAAUCAGGAUAAUGCCAAUUGUCAAAAGACGAUACCUUAUGUAACUGCAUCUUAAGAAGAUUGAUCCAAGCUAAUGAGGAUCAUUUUAGGCAAAUAUAUAGUAUUUAC